GAAAUGAUGCAUGGGUUUUCCCCGAUGUCUGUUCGCAAAUCGAUAUCGUUAUAUCAUCAAAACCAGGCACACAACCACACAAAAUCACUUUCCCUUGCAUUCGUGUUGUCACUCUGUGUUACAAGUUGCCUUCAAAAUGGACCAGAUGAGCCGAAACAUCCGAAACAAUGCAAACGAGAUUUGCAAACGAGUCAACACUGUGGAUGUCCUGCGACUUAUGGGCGAUAAAUUACAGGAGGCAGACGCAGAAGAAAUCAGGGCGUUGAAGGAAAGGAAGGGCAACGUUGUUGCCAUGGACAAGCUCCUCGAGUUCCUACCACGACGCCGGGGAGCCCUGCGUUGCUUCGUAGAGGUCCUGCGCCACGAAGACUUCAACGGGGACUAUGACUAUAUCGCCGAUGAAAUCGAGGGGAUAUCUCCACCUGGGAGCAGAAGCAAUCGGCCAACGAAUCGCUCAAAUCAGCAGCCAGCUUCCCUUGCGUUUCCACUCCAAGUCUCCACCCCCGAUCAAUUUAAUCAGGACACAAAUGACGGAAAGACUGUUGAAGGCACAAGGUUGCCUGGUCAGUUCGAAACACAAUCUUACCAACUGAAGUCGGACGGUGAGCCCUACACGGUGGCUCGAGGACAAACAGCGAAUAUCCAGUCUACAGUUCAUGUGGCUGGCGAUCCUCAGGUACUGUCAACUGUGUCAAGUACCAGCAGUGUGGGCAUUAGUGAUCUGCAGCGAGGAGGUAAAAUACCAGCGACAAGCCAGAAGGAAACCUCGACGGCGGCAUCUCCUUGUGCUUAUUGUAAUGGGCAUGAGAGUUGCUCCUUCUUCGAAAAGCACACUAAUGGCAACAGUUAAUCGUUGCUUUGGACUUGACUCUUUUUUAUACUGGGGGCACACAAAAAUUUAAAAUUCUCUAUCAAUGACAAACUAUCGUUUUGAUUUGUUGGCAUCUGUUUCAUUGUGUCAUCUACUAAAGUGCCUUCUGGUAGAUGACGCAACGCCACAAAACAAAAUUCGUUUUUCUAAAAUAAAGGAUUUUGAAGACCUCUGUCUCAUGAUCUCAUAGACAAUUGGCUCUGUGUGCUCCAAGGUUAAGUAAAUAAUGUCUUUCAAUAAAUCAUGAUGGAGAUCGUCAGCUGAUCGAAGAAUUUUUUCAAGUUCCAGUUGUGCGGAGUUGCCUUGGAUCAACGUGUGAUCCAAGAGAGCUCUGUCCCAACGCACGUCUUUCGAAACUGGAGGUGGCUUUGGUCUUGAAGCCAUACAUACUCUGUUGCCCAGCUCUUUAUUGAAAGACUCUGUUUUAGUGUAAAAUUUAUAUUCUGUACAUAUUUACAUAAUUGGAAAUUCCAAAAAUUCCCAAAGAAACAAAUGGGUGGGGCUUUAAGCUUGUGUGGUAGUGAAAACUGCUUUUGCAUGUUCUCACAGACAUCAAUGGGUGACCUGCCGAAUGUACAUGUAUGGGAUACUUGCCGAGCGAAGUACGGAUUGUAUCAUAUUGUAUCUUGCAUCUUCAUGAUUGUAUUCACGUCAUGUAAAUAUAUAAUU